AUGGGCGACUCGCAAGACAACCCGGCACCGGCCGGCAUCCCCCCGUGGCAGCAGCGCAGCGAACAAGGCGACCAGGCCGCCGAGUUCCACGACCAGCUCGACGUUGCGCGCCGCUUCCUCGACGACGACGACGUUCGAACAGCCUCCCGCGACAAAAAGGCAGACUUUCUAAGAUCAAAGGGCGUCCAGGACGGCGACAUUGAGAAGCUCCUCGAUAAGCCCCAUGUCAAGCCCGAGCCAAGCGGCGAGAAGCCCGUCGACAACGAUGACGCUGCCGCCUCGCAGACAAUCUCGCAACGCGAACCAGAUACCACACAGCAGUCUCCCGCAUUGUUAAGCGGUGGAAGCGAUCACCCUCCCGUAGUCACGUACCCCGAAUUCCUGGCCAAACCUCCCCGACCACCCCCCUUGGUCACCACAAAUGGUCUCCUCACCACCCUCUACGCCUUCGCUGGCCUCUCCACCCUCCUCUACGGGGCGAGCAAAUAUCUAGUCGCCCCCAUGGUCGAGAGCCUGACAGACGCCCGAUCCGAGCUGCACGAUACUGCGUCCCACAAGCUCCACGCCCUCGUCUCCAAACUCGAAAAGACCGUCUCCGAGAUCCCCUCCACACCUCACCCGCCCCUGGCUGCAGACGACGCCAGCGAAGACGCCGAAGAUCCCACCGAAAUGUUCCACCGCGACGUCGGCACCCAGACGUCACUGCCCGAAAGCCCCGCCGCCGCGGCGCUGCUUCGCCCCGUCGCAAAGUCCGAGUCGGAACGCCAGGCCGACCGGCUUUCCGAGGCGGCAAAGUCGCUCUCCGGCCUCAAGGACCAGUUUCGUGCUCAGAGCGAGGAUCUCGAGGACGUCCGGACCCUGCUGGACGUGUUCCGCGAUAACCUCGACGGCAUGACGUACAGCAGCCAGACCCAGUUUGUGGGCGGAUACGACAUGUACGGUACGGCUAAGAGGGCCGAGCCCCAGGACGAGAUCCGCAGGGUCAGAGACAACAUUAGGCUGGUCAAGGGCACGUUACUGAGCACGCGAAGCUUCCCUGCUUCCACCAGGUGA